UGUCUUGUAAACAUAGCAGUUUUUCGUUAUACAACGCUUCGCGUCGACUUUGCACUUUGUCGUGAUUAUUUUAUUUUAUUAAAUAAUAGUUUGCGGACUUCACUCGGUAUAGUCAUUUCAUUAUUCAUAUUAUUUAAAAUAAACCCCUUAAAAACCGCGAACAAUUUGAACGAAUGACAUAAAUUGACAACAGACUUUUAGCUUUUUUUAAAUCAUAGACAAUUGGUUUUUUUUUUUAAGUCCACCUAAUAAAACCUCAUGUCAUAAAAUAUAAUUAAGUUAUUAUAAAAAAAAAUAUGACGUCAAACUAUUUCCAAUGUCGUCGCGAAAUGUCAGUUGCCUGCACAAUUAUUUACAUCGCAUCGGCAGUCAAAAUUUCAAAUGGCUAGAGUGCACGCAUUCCUACCUUCAUCAGACACGUACUACGCGAUAUUGCAAGAGCGUGCGGACAAAGCAGAAGCUCAGCGUCAUGCCAGGUUCAUAGCCGUGCUGCUACUGCAGAGAAUGGCCCGAGGCUACCUGAUUAGGAAGCACGUUGCGUGGUUGUCCAAGAACGCUAUGAUUAUUCAGUGUGCAUUCAGGAUCCAUCAGGCCCGGAAGGCGUAUAGGGCAGCCUUGCGUCGAGCUGUGCGGCAGAAACAUGGGAGACACUACGACCGAGCUGCUACUAGGAUACAGGCUCUAUGGCGUGGUCACUAUUCAAGACGCACCAAAUUCUGCUACCGUCGCUACCGCCGCUGGCUGGCCACCGUGACUGAGAGAGGCGAGCGUCGCGCCGCCGAGGCCUUGGAGUUUGGUCUCAUCAGCAGAGCUGACGACCUCAGGAUCCUCGAGGAGGAAGCAAGGAAAUGGCUCGCCUUUGUCGUAUUCAAACUGCAUCACCUUCUUAGAACUUUCAGCCGGGCAGGCGUCUAUUCUGACCCAGCUACUACAGAACUAACGCAAUUUGAAAAGCUUUUAAACUCAAUUCACUACAAGCAGUACAUGAAAAGAUUGAGACGGAAAUAUGAUGAAUUUGUCAGAAAACAUCGUCCCAAUUUCACUAAUAAAAGGCUUUUUCCUAUUAUAGGAGAUGGAAUCGAUUACUGGUAUUUGUCUUUAGCUGAAAUGUACGAGUUGACCAGUCCAGUACCCAAGCCUCCCGACAACCGGCAUUUGCAAUUGCAUCACGGGUCUAUACAUAAUGAACCUUUUUUGUGGAGGAGAGUGAGGCCUCCGACAGCCUUUUCUGAUAGAGGGCCCUUUAUGCCGAAGUCGCCGGUAAGGUCUAAGACGCCAGUGGCACCAGCGCCAACUCCUGCCGAAGCAGGAGAUGCUGAACCUCAAAAAGACCCUAGGUUCCACCUGUAUGUUCAACAUUAUACUCCUCAACCGAAACUGAUGGAUUACGUAGAUUUCCAUAUUAACAUUCUGACGAACCGAAAAAGCUCGAUACAACAUGUGAACGACGAAUAAGUUUGUUUAACUAUUUCAAAGCGAAAAGUUCACGCUGGCGCCAAGCUGCAGACCUGGAUUUCCAUAUUUGCCAUAAAACUGACGCAUCAGUACAGUAAAUAUUGCACAUCGGUCUGUAAAAAGAGACAAUUGGAGAGAAAGAGACAACGUUCUACGAAGCCCAAAUUCUAAUGUGCAAUAUUUAAUGCCGAUUACUGUAGGUCGUAUCAGACCUGCCUAAUUAAAUUCUGUUCUUCUUUACCAACCAAUUGGCAGUUCAUAAAAUUCAUUAAAAGCUGAAGACUGGCACGGAUUUAGUAGGCAUAUUAGCGGACGGCUAAGUUAACAUUUUUUUUGCAAAAUUUUGAAGUAAAUAAACAAGGUUUAUUUACAAAACACUUGGGUAUACGUGGCGCGGUAUUAUUCUCUUAUUUUCUUAUUCGGAAAUCCGUAAUCAGGCUGCUAAGUUUGGAAGGGUCGGCCGGAUGUUGGGCCGCGAGCCUUUUGUUGUUACGCUUUUGUUGUUGUGAAUUUUACACUUGUAAUUUAUUUCAGGAAGCGCCUUGGCGAGAAAGAAAUUACGUUUAACUCUUCAAGGAAAAUGUGUUUUAAUAAAUUUGCAUUUUGUUUAUGUAGGUUUUAGAGUGUUGAUUUUAUAAAUGGAUCUGUAGUUAAACUAGGCGGUGCGACAAAACAAAAUAGAGGUUUUGAAAAUA